AUGAAAGUAUUUGUGUGUUUCCUGGCUCUGGCCGCCACUCUGGCCACUACCAAUGCAGGACUUCUGGGUCUGCUGAAGGGCGGAGGAGGCGGUGGCUACUCAGGAGGUGGCUACGGAGGAGGAUACGGAGGAGGAUACGGAGGAGGAUACGGAGGCGGCGGCGGUGGAGUCCAGGUGGUCAAAGUUAUCAACACCUAUGAAGGAGGACACGGUGGCGGCUAUGGAGGUGGCUAUGGAGGAGGUGGCUACGGAGGAGGUGGCUAUGGAGGAGGUGGCUACAGUCACGGCGGUGGCUAUGGAGGAGGUGGCUACAGUCACGGCGGUGGCUGGAACUCUGGAGGCUACGGAGGCGGCUACGGAGGCGGGUAUGGUGGCGGGUAUGGUGGCGGUUACGGAGGUGGCCACGGAGGUGCUGCCCACGUCGAUGUCUACAAAGUAAUCACAACCACACAUGGAGGCAGCUAUGGAGGUGGCUACGGCGGUGGCCACGGAGGUAGCUACGGAGGUGGAUACGGUGGCAGCUACGGAGGCAGCUACGGAGGCGGUUACGGUGGACAAUCCGGCUGGUGGAAGACGAAGUAA